CUCUGGGAGUGGCGGUUGUUUCAAGAUGGCGGAGGUGGCCCCCGAGCCGGGCGGGGAUGUGUAUUGGAGCCGGGACAGCAGUAUCUGAUGAAGAACAGCCAAUGGUAUAUGUUUCAGGGUUGUCUACAAAAGGGAAUUUAAGAACAAGAUAUUUGCCAAAAUGUCAUAAAGGUGAAACUGAGCUGAAAGUGCCUAUAGCUGUUUCUUCUGUUUCCAUGGAUCCUGCUAGAAGCACAGGAGAUCUGACAGUACAUCAGGUCACUAAUGAAGGAGGAAUGAAGAGUGCUUCUUUAAAGGAUUUAUGUCCUGAGGACAAGAGACGCAUUGCAAACUUAAUUAAAGAACUUGCCAGGGUGAGUGAAGAGAAGGAGGUGACAGAAGAGCGGCUGAAAGCUGAACAGGAGUCAUUUGAGAAGAAGAUCAGACAGCUAGAGGAACAGAAUGAGCUUAUCAUCAAGGAAAGGGAAGCUAUGCAGCAGCAGUACAGAGAAUGCCAGGAACUUUUGAGCCUGUAUCAGAAGUACCUAGCUGAGCAGCAGGAACAACUGUCGCUCUCCCUCUCUCAACUCAGUGCUGCCAAGGAAAAGGAGCAGAAGCUCCCUGGGUUUCCUGAUGGAGAGCCACCCAGAAGAGCCCAUGCAGUCUUGGCAGCUGAUUUUGAGAUGUCUGGUAAGAAGUCCUCCUGUCAACAACCACCCUCUGAACUAGAUGGUUCGUACUUCGCUGUUGCAGGACCUCGGAUUUCGUAUAAGAGCAGUAAAGCAUCAAAGCCUGGAAGUCCAAGCCGUGUAGCAUUGUCUCAGCCUUGCAGGAAUAAUCAUAAUUAUGGAACUGAAAUCAUUUACAACCAUCAAGAUCGUCCAAAAGAAAAUCCCUUGGAAAAUGGCUUGCACAGAAAGUGCAACAAUAUGAUUUCCUCAGUCAAGCAGAGGAGCCCUCACCAUGUAAAACCAGCUCAGGAGAUGGACCAAAAAGCAAAUGAAUUUUCAAGCACUUGCCCUCCACAAAUGACCUGUGGCUGUGCCUGCAAGCAUGUAGGGAGCUCAGGUGGCGUUCAGAAGAGGCACCAUGUCAGCCAGGUACCCAGAAGAGUCUCUGGACCUGCUCACAAAACCUGUGAUUAUUCCAGGCUCUCUCGAGUUUCUGGGCUGAAUGACAGCGGGGGUUCAGGGUCUAAAGAAGCAGAACAAGCUAAACGGUUGUCUGAAGAAAGAAGGCAGCAGCUGCUUCUGCAGAAGAUGGAGCUGGAAAUUGAAAAGGAGCGUCUCCAAAAUCUGUUGGCUAAACAAGAAGCAAAACUGCUCCUAAAACAACAACAACUACACCAGUCCCGAAUGGAUUAUAACAGGUUUAGAGGCCGUGUGUCAGGUUCAGAAGAUGUGCUCAUUGAUGAAACACCUGGAGAACUUGCUCUGAUGAUGAACGGCAACAGCAUGGGGCUACGUGUACCGGUGUCAAAACGUGAAGAUUAUGAUCCCAGGACACCACCAGUGAGCAAAGCCUCCAGAACGUCACGGAGCAGCGGUGGGAGCAGUUCGGGGAAGAAGAUGGCUGGUAUUGGUGCAAAUGUGGAAGAUAGGCAAGCCCUUCUGAUGCAGGCCAAGAGGGAAGGCAGCAAGUCAAGGAAAGGGACAACUUCAGGACCUAGGGGGGAUGCAGCCACAUCUCCGGCACUGAUGGGCAGCAGCAAAGAGCUUGUAACCACAGCCACAUCACCAAUCCAGCAUGACAUUUCACGGUAUGAAGCUUCUCUUCUUGACAUGGUUCAAGCUAUGAGUCCAAUAUCUGCCCCAGGACACCACUACAGAGAAUCCUACGAGAAGAACAAAAUGCACAUGCCUGGUCGUGUGAAUCACAGGUCGUCAUCUUGGUGCCAGUCCCCUCGUGAUUCCAGAAGCAGAGCAGGAGAGUUAGAAGAGAGACGGCUGCUGGAGGAGAUUUUCUUCAUUUGACACUGCUCUUUGGUCUACUCCCCUUUUAUAGAAUUUGUAGUACCUUUUUAUUUCUGAUUUGUUUGUUUUUAAGUACCAUUUUUAAAUUAUUUGAGCAACAACAGAUUGUCUUCCUUCUUCUAAAACACAGCUAAUUAGCAUCUAGUUUCGUUUUGGAUUUAGUAAUCAUGCUGCAAGGAUAUUUUAGGGAUACACCAAUCAGAAAGCGUUAAGAUUUUUUUUUAUUUUUUUUUUGAAUCUUUCAUGUGCCAAGUAAUCAUUCGAAAAUAGAAUUUUUUUCAUCUACAACAUUUUCUAAUAGAUUGAAUUCACAGUUUUUCCAGCCUCAUAUCAGAAGUGUAUUUCAUUAUCGAUUUUUCGCUCUAAAGCAGUUUGCAAAAACUGCCUAACAUUCAAGAGCCACAAUGUUCAAAGUAGAUUAUUUUCUAAUUAAACAAGUCUGUUUAAAACCUGGUGUAUUACAAAGGUACAAGCACUUUACUACUUUUGUCAAUGAUUUUAUGAUCUACUUUUCCCUUCAGCAUUCUGGUAUUUAACAUGCUGCAUUUUUAGGGGUUAUAUCAUAAGCUCAACUAUACAGCGUCUAAUAAUAUGAACACAUGAUGUUGCAGGUUGAUGUCUUAGGCAUCCAUUUGAAAUACAUUCCUCUUUAAAUCAGUGCUAUUUGACAUAGUUUGUGUACUGGGAGACCUAACCCUGAAAUAGCAGUACACGGUCAGAUGUUGUAGUGGUCCAAAACCUAUGUGAUGUACUUCUCAAGAUGAAAUUUAUAGCAGUGGUAGGGUAAGAACAGUCUUAAGACAUUUUCACUAACUUGCACUAUUUUGAUCCGGUAUCCAGGCUCCAUUGUAAAUAAGACAAAUCAGUAAUUAUUUCCACCAGCAGCUUGCAAUGCACAUUUCCCUGCCGGCUUUAAUUAUUCAUGCUAUAUCUAUUUCAGUUUAUUUAAAUGCACUUCCAUCUACUGCAUGUACUUGGUUAUUUAAAGAAAUGUGCAGAAUUGGUAAAAAUGACUGCAGAUUACAGGAUUAAUGGUCAUUUUCUCCACAAUGCUGUGUUCAUAUUUUAUUGUAACAGUAGCCACCGGCAUGUGUUCCUAGAAAUAUGAGGCUAAAAUACUCAUUUUGCGCAGUAAAAUUGCAGCGAGGGAAAGGUAGAAUUGAGCCAAUAUGGGCAAGUUCUAGACCAUUUGCUCCCAAACACUGCUUCGUGGGCCAGUGCGGUUUUUUUGACAGUCUUUUUAGGUAACCGUGCUGAUCUUAAUGGCAGCGGGUUGCUGGCCUGAUCCUUAGGGUGUCACUGCUCCCUGCCUCCAAUGUGCUCCCGUGCAGUGCUUGGUGCUCCUGUGCUCUGCAAGGAGCUAGCAAGGCUCAGCAAUGAGGUCCACUGUGCCCCUCCGAUGAGAGCAUGCACUAUGCAGAGCAUCGAGCACAGACCCGCUGGCAGCGUCCUGCUUUUAUAGCAAUGAAAUAAAAGGAGAAUGAAGGAGGAGAUGAACCAUAAUUCUGAGUUGUUUCACUCAGGAUCUGUCUUAAUCACAAAUUAGGUGAUAUCUUUUCCAUGCAUCCCAGCAGGAUUUUAAAGGCUGCUCGGAGGAGUUUACAGGAGGGAAGCAGCAUUACUGGACCAGAAAAUGACUACUGUAGAAAGACCCUGCUUGGUCUGUCCUGCUGUCAGUGAGACAGUGAGUUCUUUCUAAUAUACCCAUCUGCUGUUGAGUGCCCCCCUAGUUCUUCUGCCUCGACCUGUGAAGGCACAGGUUUGUGGUUAAAGCCCCAAAGACGUAAUAGGUGCUCUGACACAAGUACAGCAGUUGGGGCAAUAGAUUUUCUCACUCAGCAUGAUUCUGCUGGACGAGCAGCCUGCUUCUUUAGGAAGGCAGGGAAACGAUGGGGAAGGCAGAGAAAAAUGUACAAGGAGCAACAGGAAAAGCAUAGAAAACCAUGAAAGCUAUGACCGACACGUAGAUCUUAGUGUUUGGGGAUUUCUGUGUGUGCAGUUUGUUUUGGUUUUGUUCAGGUUUGGCAUGUGUAAAGAAACAGUUCUCUGAUUUCAGUCCAAUUGCUUCUCUUCUCUUUUCCACUUUGACUGAAACUUUGAUUGCCUUUUCUAAUAAGUGCUAACUGACCUUUCAAAAAAGCAAAAUAUAGAAGUAGAUCUCUUAAAAGGUGCCUUUGUGUACCCAGUUGAGAACACUGCAUGGGAGCAUUAUGUUCUUUGGUUCUUUGUGGGUGCUGGUAUAAAGCUGCUUUAGGAUUCCUUAUGAUCCAUUUUGUCCAUUAACAGUUCUAAUUCUGAUGGUGACUUUUGACUCAAAUCUAUAUUUUGGUAGUAGCUCUUUUUAAAGUGACAUUGUCAGGGUUGCAGGUUCUACACUCAAGGUGCUGUCCAUCAGUCAGAGCUACACGGGAGGCAUACCUUUAUGUAGGCAAGAAUUCUCAAAUUAAGAUAGUUGAAAUAUCUGAUGGAUGAAAACCUGCAUGUUUUAACUGUCUGUGAGAUAUGAACCGAGAAGCAAAAGCUAUUAAUUUGGCAGACCCUGUGAAAAAUCAUUUUUUAUAAUGCUGGUUCUUGCUCUAGUUAUCAGCAGUACAUUAGGAAUAGUGUUUAGCAGUCAGUGCAAGCAAAGAUAUUUUGCCAUGAGGCACUACAAAGUUGAAGUUAUUAAAACAUUUAUAGCCUUAGAAAAAAAAUCAAUGAUUGUCAAAUAGGAAAGGACAAAAUCAGUAUUUGGGACUGGGAGGGGAAUUGUUUUCCAUCUGCUAAAACAGUAGAGGAAAUGCUAAAAUUAAACUAGCAAAAGCAAUCACUUGACAGUGUCCUUUUACUUUUAAGCUCCUAUAUUAGGAAGCUGCCGCUGGGGAGAUAGUCCAGCCACAGAAUGUUUGUCCAGAGUGUUUCCAGUUAACACGCUUCAGCUGCGCGCUGGGCUGUGUUCUGCCUGAGAGUUUGUGGAGGAACGUGGCUCCUGCCAAGGCUGCUGCCCACACCUUCAUUUUGUGUUCUUCCCAGGUGGCUUGUGCAUGUACACUGCGCAUGUUUGUGUGCUCGUUGCUUUCGUGCACCUUGCACGUGGUGGACCUGCAGCAAUCAUGCGCUUUCCUCUUGUAGCCUCUGAAGUCUCACUGUUGAACACCAUCUUGAACGUAUAUUUAUAAAUGUAUGUGAGGUCUUAAUCUAAUAAAUUAUCUGGGGAUUUCAUUUAAUCUUAAAGACUUCUGUUUAUUUGAAUGAUUUUCAGGUGUCUUUUGUCCGACUCAGAUGUAGUAACUGUCAUUGAUAAUGUGUUCCACUUUCCACACCAUCAUAUUGUGUGUAUUCUGAGUCUUCAUCAGCUUGCUAAACCCAAUGAGCCCUCUCUUUCUGUCCAGGACGUGGAUAUUGCUGUGAAAAUGAGCAAGACUUCUUUCAGAGCUUGAAGUCUAGGGGACAGAUCUCAAAAAGAGAGAAGUGGGAAGCCAGCAGCAUGCACUGGGACAGAAAGGAGUUAGAAAGUAAGAAAGAAAGGAUGGAGAUAAGGACAAGAAAGGACAAGAAUAACAGGGAGAGAACUGAACCAAAGGAUGAGAGAAGCCAGCUCUGAAGGUGGAGAGAAGUUGAUAAAUGAUUAUAAGUUGAUGAGGGAGAAAUGUCUUCCACCACUGGUUCCCAACUGAAGCCUGUGCCCCUUAUCCUUUUCCAGAUCAUGUUCCUGCAUCUGGGGAGCUACUGUCCAAAGGAUGAAUGGUAAAUAAGGAAAGGAGGAAAUGACCUAGCUUUGUCUGCUCCCCUAUAGAAAAGCUUGUCAGAGGGACCACACAGAGAGUAGGAGAGUAAAACCUGGAUAUAAACAAGGCAUGGACUGAAUUUCAUUGCUAGCAGCAAUGGUGGUGUGAAAUUAGAUUACAGAAGAAUGUGACAGUGGAUAUAACAAGAAUCUGAAUAAGGGAGAAACAAGAAAAACAAAAUUUGCAGUGAUCCACUGAGCUGUGGAGGUUUGGUGCUAAGGAAGGAGAGGAAAGGGCUUAGCUAUGCUUGAAAGAGACUGAGCCUGAGAUAUCGAAAAGUAUCCCUUGAAAGCACACAUGAGCCCAGGGUUAAACUCCAAAAGUUGCAACAGAGAUCUUUUGAAAUACAACCUCCAGUGGUGUUUCAGUUUGUACCGUCUGAGGGUGAGAGAGCACAGCCUGGUUAGUUAGUAACCUCCUUUUUCACUGUAACCAAAUUUAUGAAAUUGUGUGCUAAUUAGUGUAUGAUUUAUAAAUUUACAUAACUGUGCUGCUACAUAAGACAACACAGAAUAUUGAAUGAGGUGAUUUAAACCUCAUUCAGAACAGAAUCACUGAAGUUUGCUCUGACUGGAUGUCUGUCCUCUGGAAAAUGCUUUCCUAAUACACGGUUGCUCCCUACAUCUCUUAAGUCUGAACUGCUCAUGGUGACAAUAAAUGUUUCACUGUAAUGUGGCACCAUGCAGCUACCUUGAGGCUCUUUGUCAUGGCUGUAGCAGGGUUUUCACUGUGGUGCUUGUGGAGGGUGUCUAGAAGCAGAAGUCCCCUAAAAAAAAUAGCAAGAAACGCAACUUGGCCUGGUUACAAUUGGCUAAUGACAAUUUCUACAGUUGUUGACAGGGAUUGCUGUUGUGUCCCAACAGCAACAACAGCUUGUCUGAGGAAUGGUGUUUGAUUCCCAGCUUGGAAAAGCCACUUUUGCCUUCCCGUGCAUGCUCUCAUUUAACAGAAGCUGAGACUCAAACCUUAUGUAUUUUCAGGCCCAAGGGGGUCAUAUCAGGCUUUCGGAAAGUAAAGUGGAGAAACUUGGAUGUCACUGACAGAUGAGGCCCUGGUGAGGUGAGAGAUGCCAAGAUAGCUCCAGCACACAAACCAAUCUAUGGGCUACAGAGUCAGCCUUGAAUCCCUUGUUUCUUUGCUGUUGGAGUCCUUCUGAACAUAUGAAAAACCAAACAAACCUCAAAAACUCACUUCAUUCAUAGCAUUCAAUAACCAGCCUCAGAACAUAACGUUGAUCUUUCUGAUCUCUGCAGAGAGAGGGAAGCAAGAAGUCCGGAAAAGUUGUGUUUCUUGAUAGCUUCUUUGCAACUACCUUAAAGCACUGAAGAGAGGAGGUGAUUAGUGCCCUUGUUAUGUCUGGACAUGGGCACAUGAGGAGUGCCACGAGCAUCAAGGGCAACAUGGGAAGCCCGCUUCUCCUUUAAGGCUGAUAAGGAAGGAAACGGUGAGCUGGCUUCACAGACACAGAAGAUGUCUGUGAGGUAUUUUCACUGGCGUUUUAAAAGCACCGUGUCACAGCCUCACAGUGUUUAAUUAUCUGAUAUGAAACUGCAUUAUUUUGAGGUUGAAUUUGCCUACUUUUAGUUUCCAGUGGGAGAAACUACUUGUGCCUACAGAAGCAGGACUGCAGUUCUACUGUUAGCAGACAGCAAGUACCCCCAUAGGCAUUUUUCUUCAGCCCCUGCUCAGCCUUCUUUGGCAACCUGAGCUCCUUUGAGCGUCCUGCCAUAGUGUUUGUUUUCCUGUGCCUGUUUUUUAAUGUUCUGCAACAUUUAUGCACCUGGAAAGGUUUUCACCAUAGCAGAAUGCCGAAUUCCAGUUACCAUGGCUGUGAAUGGGGAUGAAGUGGCCUCAUUCUCUACAGUAUUUCCAUUUUGACACUUCCAAGAGCCUUGUUUGGAGGUGUUGCCUGGGUACCUGGUCGCAUUGCACUAAAGAUCUUUCUUGGAAGCAGAAAGUCUGAAAGUGAAACCAGGAGACUCUGUUAUAUUUAGAAGAGUUGAGGAGGAAGAAAUAAUGUAAAGCAGAAAUACUAAGCAGAAAAAAAACCGUAGGAUUCAAUUUAGAGUGGAAGGUAAAGUUGGGCUUUGCAUCUGUGAACUCAGCCACCAAGAAAACAAUCUGAAAGACUGCUUAGUGGCAAUGGGGAAAGCCAGACUGCAGAAACCUUCUGAAGGGGAGGAGUGAACAAAGCAGGAGGUGAUGAUACUUGAUAGCAACACAAACAGACAAGAAGACUUUGGAUCUGCAGGUGAGGAGGCGAUGACACCUCUAAAUUGCACAGGAAACGGCUCCUUGUCAGUGGAUCUGGUGCCCCUGUAUUUGCACGAGUGCCUUCAGCACAGGGAUCUCAUUACCACAGAGUUUACUGGCAGAUUGGAGGGAUUUCAGUGAGGAGUAAUAAAAAUGAUCAGGGACUGCUGGAAUUGACAUAAUGAGGAAACAAGAUGAGAAGAGUCAGAUAUUUAUAGCUUGGGUGAGAGAGACAAUUAAAAGGUGGGAUGGGAGAUGGACUGGGUGACCUGAAAGCCUUGUCUGUAUCUAAUAGCUUCUCAUCGUCUGCUGUACAGAGGGCUUGAAUUUACCAAGGCUGUCAAUCUGGCUCUUAACAGCUCUAACUUCCCACGUUGAAAAGCUCAGGUGGGUGUGCUCUGGCUGUACUGACACUGUCAGAAUGUCACUGGUACUGUACUUUGUUUAAAAAAAAUAGUCAUCAGCCAUGUUGUGGAAAAAAUUGACACUUUGACAGCAAAGGAAAAAAAAAUUGGACCUUCAUAAAAUGAAAAGCUACUGAAGUCCUUGCUGGUGACUGAAUGGAAAGGGCUCCCAGGGUGCUAAAGUGUUGACUGAGCUCUUCUUGCUGUCUGCAAGUUGGUCUGCCGAGGAAGGUCCUUUUAGAGGCAAAACCCUGCUUUCCAUUUAUGAGCAAGGGCUCUUGUCCUUGGGCACAGAGCCCGGGGUUCGCUGGGCAUGAGAGCUGCAGCAGCCUGUCCAGAGAUACCCUGGGUCCACAGGCAAAUUAAGCACUGCUGCCUUGCCUGCAGGAGGCACUUUGGGGAAAUAUCCACGUGGUGUUGGUUGGGUCUGGUGGCAGUGUCUGUGCUGUUUUAAUGAUACCUGUGUGCAAAGGCCAGUGCGGCUUUCAUCCAUUUCACAUCAGUCUGACAUUCACAGAACAGACAUAGCCUAGGGUGGUGGAAAGGAGAGAAAGAUGACCAAAAGAAAAAAAAAAGCCAUCCACUUUUUACUACUCUUUCCAUGCUUCUGAGCUGUGAUAUCAGGCUGUGGCUGAGCAACAGUAAUCUUAUCCAGCAUACUGUUGAUUUAAGCCUCUUGGAUUUAUAUAACUUUGGAAAUGGUAAACUAUAUUAAUUUGCUGUGUUUUCAAGGGAAAGUUAUUUAUUGAGAGACAUUUUUAACUCAAGUGCCAGGAGCCUUAAAUCAUUA